AUGACUUUACUAUUCUUCUUCUGGACUAUUGUCCUCAGUCUGCAGCUGACUAUUGGUAAGGAAAGAGAAGAGUGGCCCAGGAUACCUGAAGGCAGGGUGGGGUUAGUGGUUGCUGUAGGCUUUGCUUCAGCUUUUUUUGCAUCUGAGCUCCUGCAGGAGGUCUCUAUCUCUGCUCCAUGCUCUUAAGCAACAAAGACCCACCCCUUCCAGACCCUAAUUUCACUCCCUCCGUUUUAUCAUGGCAACAGACCUGGGUGGCAUAGGCUAGGCUGAGAGAUAUCAUCCUCUCAGGCAUGUUUGUAACCUCAUCUUUUCCUUGAUUGGCCCCACAAUCUUCUUGCAGUCCAAAAUGUUCCUUGUGCACCAGGAGAAGCAUGUAGGGUGUGGGCUGAAGAAGGCGGACGAGCUUUGCUUCCUUGUCACCUGAGUCGUCGGAGGAUGAAGAGCAGCUUCAGGCAGCUGUACAAGGGAUUAGCUCUUCGCUGGGUGCAUCAUGGAGACAGGUAAGGCACCCAUUUCUAUGCACUCAGAGUUGGGGGGGGAGAGGGGGCUUUCAAUCACCGUAUUUUUCGCUCUAUAGGACGCACCCGACCAUAGGACACACCUUGUUUUAGAGGGGAAGAACAAGAAAAAAAAAUUCUCCCCCUCUCUGCUCAGUGCCCCUUCAGCGAAGCGGCAGGAGAAACGGAGCCCCUUCCAUUUCUCCUCCCACUUCGCUGAAGGGGCGCUGCGCAGCUCUCCCUCUCUGCUGAAGCCAGGAGAGUCUUGCUCUCCUGGCUUCAGCAAAAGGAAUCCGAAGCCUUCGGAGCGCAGCGCAAGUUCCCGCUGCACUCCAAAGGCUUCAGGCGGCUAUCCCUGAAGCCUGGAGAGCGAGAGGGGUUGGUGCGCACCGACCCCUCUCACUCUCCAGGCUUCAGCGAAAGCAACGCAAAGCCUCCGGAGCGUGGAGGGAGCGCUCCCUCUGCGCUUCGGAGGUUUCGCGUUGCUAUCGCUGAAGCCAAGGAGCCUGCAUUCGCUCCAUAGAACGCACACACAUUUCCCCUUCAUUUUUGGAGGGGGAAAAGUGCGUCCUAUAGAGCGAAAAACGCGAUACUUUUAUUUACCACUUUCUCUUCCUUCCCCUCAACUCCCUUCAUUCCACCUACCCCCACCUCUCUCCUGUAUCCCCUUUCUGGGCUACCGCCCCACUCGUCCAGCACUUAACAGUUGCGUUUCCUCCUCCAUUUUCCUCAGCUCCCACAGGAAACGCCACUUGGUGCUCAUGGUGGAGCCAAGCGGCGUCAAGAAAAUGGCCCGUUCCACGAUGCACCGAGCAACCGUCUGGGACCCUGGCUUCAUCCGUGGGAAUUUUUCGCUCAGGAUUGAGCCGCUGCGGAAAGAGGACGCAGGAACCUACGUGGCUGUGGUGAAGUUUGCCAAAGAGGUGUUGCGUUGCCAGGUGGAGCUUGGCGUGGUGUCAGGUAGGUGAAUCUGACAGCUGGCAGCAGCUGCAGGAAAGACAGUAGCCAGGUUCUGUCAAGCAAGCUAUCUGAAGAGCUACUUUGGAACGUGGAAGGGAGAGCAUGGGCGAGGGUAGCCAAACCCUUCCCUCAGUAGCUUUAAGCCAUUUUUCUAAGCCCUACUCACUUCCAGCCUUGGAGGUGGGCUGGGAGAAAAGUUCUUCAAGAGAUGGAGUGUAAAGAGGGGAGGGAAUGGCAGGGGCGUUGCUACACUUGCGGUGCAGGCCUGUGAGGCAAGUUGGCAUAAAUUGGCAGGUGGUUCUGGGCAAAUUAAGAUGGUGGAUGGCUCAAGUGUCACUGGCACUACACUUACCCAUGCUGGUAAGUAAGGGAUGGAAGGAUCUGUCAAUUUCAGUCCUCUUGGAUUCUCAUUUUCAAAUCUUAGAUUCAAUUCUCUACCUUUUUGCAGCGAUUUGCAUUAAAAAAAAAUCCUCAUGGAAAUCCACUGGCAUUUUCAUGGGAGUUUCUCCCAAUAAAAGUCUUUUUUUGCAUGCAGUUUUGACAGAUGAAUGCAUUUUUGCACGUCUUCUUCACUAAUUUGUAUGCAAACUUUCCCCUAACAGAAUGAAUUUUGCAAACACUGUUUGACAAAAUUCAGAUAAGGGCAAACUUCAAAGGAUGGCUGUGUUUCGGUUCUCAUAUUAUUUUGGAAAAUGUUGGUUUUUAUAAAUUCACCUUUGAAUGCAAACUGAAUCUAACAACUGUUCCAUCCCUACCUGAAACCAAAUAUCUGUUGUUGUUCAAGUCUCUAAAAAUAGAGGGAGGUGACAAGAGACCUGGAGCUGGGUCAGGCCCUGUCAGCUACCCCUUAAUAAUGCCCUUGCAGAAUGGUUUGACUCCCCUCACCAAUCCUCACUUGAUAUGUGAAUGAGGCAGAAUUCACCCCUCUUGCAAAGAAAAGGUGAUGGCACCAUUUCAUCCGCUAUGCCCCUUGGACUUGACUGCUUUCUCCAGAAAGGAACAGAUGGAGAUGUUAGCUAUAUGAUGAAAGUCAUACUUGUGAUAUGGACAUCAGUGUGUGAUUCUCCUUUUCCUUCAGUGACUCCUGAUUCUCCCGGUCCCCUGAUUGAGUCUGAACCUAUCCAGUUAACCUGCAACUCCACACAUCCAGAAACCCCCCAAGAGAUACGCUGGUUCCAUGCAGGUCUGCUCAUCGCCAGCUCUGGUUGGUUCUGUUCCCUGAACCAGACUCUGGUUAUCUCCAGAUCAUUCAGGAGUGAUUCUGGGCCCUGGGUCUGUGAACUCACCUUUGCAGAUGGGGAGAGAAUUUAUGCCACAUACAACCUGAAAGUCAUAGGUAAGAUUUGCCUUUUGCUUUUCCUGUUUCCCCAACCAUAGAGUGCUUCCUCUGAGGAUAAAAAAUACAAUAAAUAUAUAUUCUCUUAAGAAUCAGAACACAUUUCCAUUCUAAAUUCCUGCCGUCCCUGGUGUAUUUUGUGGGAUUCGCAGAGCCAGGCAGAGGCCCUGGCCAGGUAGAUAAUGUGCCCCCUCUUUUUUUUACCCUGGGGAUAACUGAAGUCUUAUAAAUAAGUAUAGAAAUAAUUUUCACAAAAGUUAUGCUGACAAAUAAUUUUAUUUCAAGGCUUGAACCGUAUCUGCAUAUAAAGACAAAAUGGAAAAUAUAGAUAAAUAUGCUGACUGAGGCCCCCUUUGGAAUUGGAGGCCUGGGCCAAGUGGCCCAUAUGCCCCCGCCUCUCUGGGCCUGAUUCACACAAUAGCAUGUCUCCCCCCCCCCCAACCCAGGAUUUGCUGAGCCAGCCGUAUCUGUAGUCUAUGCUGCGGCAGGAUCUGAUGCCCACCUGCCCUGCUUCCUGAACGACAAUCCCACGGACUACGGCAUUUCUAGGGUGGCAGCACGCUGGAGCUACGCAGCAAGGAGAGAACCAAAGGCAAUAACCACCCUCAGUAAUGGAAGCAACAGAAAUUUUACCCUCCAUCUUCCUGCGGUGGGUCUUGAUGAUGCAGGUUGGUACACCUGUGAGAUCGCCAUUCAAGGAACAAACAUCACGAAGAACAUCACACUGGCAGUAAUGACAGGUGAGGAGCGGGGGCGGAACCAGAAUUUAUUUACAGUGGUACCUCGGGUUACAUACGCUUCAGGUUACAUACGCUUCAGGUUACAGACUCCACUAACCCAGAAAUAGUACCUCGGGUUAAGAACUUUGCUUCAGGAUGAGAACAGAAAUCGUGCAGCAGCAGCAGCAGGAGGCCCCAUUAGCCAAAGUGGUGCUUCAGGUUAAGAACAGUUUCAGGUUAAGAACGGACCUCUGGAACGAAUUAAGUUCUUAACCCGAGGUACCACUGUAUUUCUUUAUUUUGUGAGGAGAGGGAGACACAGAAAGAGCCAAGUAGAUUUCUAGGUUGGCGAGUUGUGUCCUACAUGUUAAGAUCUCUGAAAGAAAAAUGACAGCGGAGUCCAGCAAUGGGUUGGGGUGGAGAAGGCAAGUGAGGGGUGAUCUCCUUGUCUGGGGAGUGUGCUUGUCCUUUCUGACAAGGCGGCUUCAAAGGUUAUCCCAUGAUGUUCUUAUUGCAGGAAACCCAUCUAGAUGUCAUUCAAAUCAUAGCCAUUCAGUCUAGAUUAAUCAACCAAAGCUCUGGUAGGUGAAUCCAGAGUGGCAGCGGCUGUAAUGUCAGGAAUUCUGCAAGUUGAGGGCAGGCUUGUGUGGUUUCUGAUGUUGUUUUGAUUUUGGCAUGUUGCAACAACACAGAAUAGGAAAGAAAACAUUUUAAAUGGCAUUUACUGUACUUCUAAUAACUAGGGAGAGCUUUGGUGAAAUAAACUCACCUUCCCUUUUGCUUUGCUUUCCCCUCCACAUUUCCAAAAUGCAUCGGCAGCGAGGUUUUGGGGGUCAUGAAAAAAUGAUUUAGAUUCAUGUUCAUCAGUUAAUUGGUUAAAAGUCAGGUGAUUCGCCAGGUGAAAACUGAUUUGACAGCCCUAGAAGUAAGAGAUGUCAUGUGUAACAAAUGGGGCCAGGAAUAGACUCAAGGGAGGAUAUGAGAGAGGCAAGUGAUAGAGGAUAGAGAAAUGAGUAGCUUCUGUUUCUUUCUUUCCAUUCAGUCACCCCGAGCACUGAGGGGAUCAUCACGGAGGGAUCUCGCCUGCAACUCACCUGCAAUCUCAGCUACCACACAGGAAAGGAGCUUUUUACGUGGAAGUACCUCGGUUUGAAUCCCACAAACAUGUCUUGGCCUGAGGCUGCCUCCACGAGUUUUGGGCUCCUAAGCCAAGGCUCGACCCUGGAGUUUCCUCAGGUGUUGCCCAAUGAUACAGGUACCUGGGAAUGCAGUGUCCAUGGCCCAGAUGGGAUGUCAGGAUCGGUGCAGUACCACCUUGAAAUUGAAGGUACAUUAUUAAUUUGCUUAUACGCUAUUAAUUCUUUCAUUUGUCAUUGCUGAAAUUUGUACCCUGUACAGUGGUAUCUCGGGUUAAGUACUUAAUUCGUUCCGGAGGUCUGUACUUAGCCUGAAACUGUUCUUAACCUGAAGCACCACUUUAGCUAAUGGGGCCUCCUGCUGCUGCCGCGCUGCUGGAGCACGAUUUCUGUUCUUAUCCUGAAGCAAAGUUCUUAACCUGAAGCACAGUUUCUAGGUUAGCGGAGCCUGUAACCUGAAGCGUAUGUAACCUGAAGCGUAUGUAACCCAAGGUACCACUGUACUCCGAUCACAUUAACAGGGCAGCUUAUAGUAAACUGUUUUAAAGACAAUAAAAUAACGUGCUCAUAAAAAGAAGCUAAACCCAGCAACUCCAUAAAAGCAGCCUGAAAAUGAUAUAGGAUCUAGGUAGGUUAAGUCCAGUCAAAGGUAACUAUGGGGUUGCGGCGAUCAUCUCGCUUUCAGGCCAAAGGAGUCGGUGUUUGUCCACAGACAGCUUUCCAGGUCAUGUGGCCAGCGCUUCUGGCGCAACAGGACACAGUGACAGAAACCAGAGCGCAUGGAAACGCCGUUUACCUUUCCGCCACAGUGGUACCUAUUUAUCUACUUGCACUGGCAUGCUUUCAAACUGCUAGGUUGGCAGGAGCUGGGACAGAGCAACGGGAGCUCACUCUGUCACAGGGAUUCGAACUGCCAACCUUCUGAUCGGCAAGCCCAAGAGGCUCAGUGGUUUAGACCACAGCACCACCCGCAUUCUACAUAUAUAGGAUCUAUAUGUAAUUGAUCAAGACUAUGUGUGGACUACGCAGGAAAAAACCAAGUAGUCUGUCUCCAUUGAUUCCAGAACAGAAUGUGGUGCAGCCACCGACAACCAGUCUUCAGUCUCCAUCUCCUGUUAGUUUUUCCCCAGCCACCAUUGCUGAACAUAUUCAUUAUCCAACUAUUGCCUCUGAUGAAUAGGCUUUCAUGGUUCUUCAAAUUCCUCUGAAAACCUCUGCUCAGAGACAAUAGCUGGAUAGAAAAAAACAAGCAGGUACCCUCUGUUAAACAAAGGGUCUUCUGUUCCACCUCCAUCUUCUUUUAAAAAAAAAUUGUCUGUUUCCAGCAACUAAGUGAACCCCAAGUUUUGAUGCUUUCUGGUCCUUUUGAUCCUCUCCAGAUUAUUUAAUUGCAGUCUUGCCUUGCAGGUGCCCGGAUCGCCCUUGUGCAGCCCAGAGCAGCUGAGAAGAUCACUCUGGGGCUGAUAGCCUUCCUUGUUAUUCUAGUCUCCAUCCUUGCUUUGACCUGCCUGAAACAAAGAGUAAGUCACUCCAUCUGCUUUCUGUUCUCACCUGCUCUGCUCCUCUGGGCGUUUGGUUUUAUUUUAUUCUAGCAAGGCUUGAGUGGGGUGGGGACCCAAAAGAGAAUUUUACGCUCUGUCAUUGCUGAACGUCCAGCAGUGCCAACAGACCUUUCCUCCUGAUGAGACUUGAGACAGAUGUAACAUUUUCAAAGCCAUGCCCUCCCUAAACAGCUAAAGUUGCAAUACGAACCAGCCCAGGAAUGCUAGUUACCGUAUUUUUCUCUCUAUAGGACGCACCAGACCACAAGACGCACCUAGUUUUUGGAGGAGGAAAACUAGAAAAAAAUAUUCUGAAUCUCAGAAGCCAGAACAGCAAGAAGGAUCGCUGUGCAGUGAAAGCAGCAAUCCCUCUUGCUGUUCUGGCUUCUGGGAUAGCUGCGCAGCCUGCAUUCGCUCCAUAAGACGCACACACAUUUCCCCUUUUUAGGAGGGAAAAAGUGAGUCUUAUAGAGCAAAAAAUACGGUAUUUAUUCAGCCAUCACUUUUCACAAACAAAAGGAUGCCCCAAAGAAACUAACAACACAUCUACUGCAAAAUAGUUUUAAAAGUAAGAAAAUGGUUUUUAGAUCACAGGGCAGUGUUGGUGAGGGGUUAACACUGCACCAUUUAAAAUCUUUUCUAGAUACCCACAGUUGUGUUGUUUAUCGUUUUAAUGAAAACAGAUGUCAAAAACCCUUUGAAAAGCAUUGCUCUGGCAUAAGGGCAGGGAGAAGUGUGAAAUGCUGCUACAGCGAGACAUGAGGUUUGCCACGUAGCUUGCUGUUGUGGUCAUUGAUUUUUCUUUAACCAAUAUCCGAUGCAGGGAAGAAGCAGGAUCUGACCCAUGGUGUGGCGGACAGAGAGUAAGCCUUUGCCCCUGCAGCAGUUCUGAUCAAAGCCACACAAAUGUUAAUCAAUAGCAUCUGUCUGUUAUUGCCUAUCAUGUCAUUAGAGAUGGGUAACAUAACUCUCCUCAUUCAAAUUCCAUGCACCUUUUAAAAUGUUAAGUUUAAAAAAAAAAGGCUGAGGACAGAUGAGACAUUGUUUGUUUGUCUGUUUAUGCACUAUUUUGCAAGCAGCCUUCAGUUCUCUGGAAAACAGACAAACAUGUUUAAGUGUUCCUGAUAAUUGCAUGAUACCCCUUCAUGCAAUUCAUGUAUGUAGAAGGCCUAAGUCACAUGCACUAAUGUCGAUGGAACAAAACAGAACAUACACACAGAAAAAGUGCAAGGCCUGUAGAAAGUCAGGUGCAAUUCUGCCUGAGAUCAAUGCAUAGCUGUCAAGUGUCCCUUAUUUGGCGGGACAGUCCCUUAUCCCAGUGCCAUGUCCCACUGCUGUCCCUUAUUGAUGAGGCUUCAUUUGGCUGCUGGCUGGGCUUUCUGCCUUUGGCUCGGAGGGGCUCAGAAGUUGAACAUACCUGUGCCUGGAAAAUCCCUUAUUUUGGCUGCUGAUCCCUUAUUUUCGAGGCUGCUGGUCCCUUAUUUUCAAAUCUGUAAGUUAACAGCUAUGGAUCAAUGGCAGGGUAGCAUGAAAAUCUCACAGCCCAGAAACAACCAUUUUAUCUCUGGCUCUGGGAAAGGAAAGGCCUUCACCAGGACAUUGUGAAAUGAUGAACAGUUGAGCUUGCUUUUCUGAUGGACUUUCGCCCCUCCAAAAAGCUCUGCUGCUGUACAGCUGAUGGGACGUGAAACCUUUUGAUAUUGAAAUAGACAGGAAGUAACUCCAUUGCCAACUACUUUCCCUCCCCCCUUUUAGACACGCUCCCGAAACUUCCCAGCAUUGGAUCUGAUGCUAGCUUCCGCUUUGCCGGGGAAAGAAGUAAAGGAUGAAGGCCAGGAGGAGAAGGGCCUGCAGAUUUAA